UCUUUUCUCGCGUCAUGACAAUAGUCUCGGCUCCAGGCAAGGUUUUGAUCGCCGGCGGAUAUUUGGUGCUGGAGCGGCCGAAUCCGGGGCUUGUUCUCUCCACAUCGGCUAGAUUCUAUGCCACUGUGAAGCCGCUGCACUCGAUCAGCGAUGGCGCCAGCAAAUUCUGGUCGUUCAUCGAUGUGAGGGUUUCUUCUCCACAGAUGGAUUCCGAGAGAUCAUACAAGCUCCUACUUCGGACUUGCAAGCUAGACAUGCCUUCUACGAAGAAGAACUUUGUGGAAAAUGCGAUCGAGUAUGGAGUUGCUGCGGCACUGGCUGCAGCGAAUAAUCGUGAUGCUGUUUACGAACGUCUUCUCCAAGGACUAGACAUAGAAAUCAAAGGCAGCAACGAUUUCUACUCGUUCAGAAAUGAGCUAGAGGCAAGAAAGCUUCCUUUGACGGCAGCAUCCCUGGCAUCGCUACCACAGUUCCAUGCUAUCACACGCAACAUUGAAACAUCUGGUGGAACGUCGCCUGAGGUGGCUAAGAGUGGCCUUGGCUCUUCAGCGGCCAUGACUACAGCCAUUGUUGCGGGGAUUUUGGAGUACUUGGGUGUUAUUCAGCUCGGUUCCGGGUCUGUUGAGUAUCUCGACGUAGUACACGCGGCUUCUCAAGCAGCACACUGCCAUGCACAAGGGAAAAUUGGCAGUGGUUUUGAUGUCAGCGCAGCGGUCUAUGGAAGCCAGAAAUACGUGCGCUUCUCACCGGGAGUGCUAAGUCCAGCAAUGGAUCCCGUUGACGACAAUGGAAAACCAAAGUCGCUGGAGAAGGCAAUGAAGUCAGUACUGGACAUGAAAAACUGGAAUUCGCAAAGAUCUAACUUUGCUCUACCUCCAAUGCUUUUUCUGGUACUGGGCGAGUCUGGACGUGGUGGAUCACACACACCGUCAAUGGUAGGGGCUGUCAACGCUUGGCGCGAGAAGCACCCGAAUGCGGAGGCCUGUUGGAGGACCCUAGCAAAAGCAAACGAAAACGUGGAGGCGGACCUUUUGCGUUUAAAAGAAUUACACGAAACGGAUUCGGAAGCUUAUACACUUGUACUUGAAGCUUGCAGCAGUUGCGGAGAAGCCAAGUGGAAUGGGCUCAAAGAUUCGGACAAGGACGUUGUGUCAGCUCUUCUGAAACUCCGUCAAGAUUUCAGCAUUGUAAGGUCUCUUUUAAGACAGAUGGGAGAAGAGGCUAAAGUACCGCUUGAACCAGGCCCACAAAGUGAGUUGCUAGACGAGACAAUGGAACUUCCGGGAGUACUCUUUGCUGGAGUCCCUGGAGCUGGGGGUUGGGAUGCGGUUUUUGCAAUCACCAUCGGCAAAAAUUCCAGACGUAAGGUAGAGCAGAGAUGGAGCGAGAGGUCUGUCCUUACACUGACAGUCGAGGAGGACCCUCGCGGUGUUUGUGUGGAGGAGAAAGAACCAACUGUCCAGGAUGGUACCGGGUUAGAGAAUCAAGUGGCAUCAAUUCUACUCAAGUGAAAGAGAGGGUCCGAGGUGGUCGGCAGCAAAAACAAGUGGCUCGUUUUCUAUACAAGCAACACAGGAUUUGUGCGUCGCGGCAUUCUUUCAGCACAGACGUAGCAGCAGGAUGGAUUAGAGUUUCCGGAAACGCGUCUUGAGAUCAAGCGAGAAUGUUGCCUGUGGUGCCGAGAACAACGUUGAAUCAGCCAGUACACCAGUCAUCUUUGAGCGGCGGUGCUAUAUAAGUUAAAAAGAGGCUCGCAGCACCCGCUUUACGUGAGAGGCUCCAGGGCAUGCAAAGUUAAGAAGAAGAGGGGGUACAAGGCUAUCGGCUGCGUGAUUCCAUUUGGUUAUUGUCAUUCAUGGGCUAAAAUGAGCAUCCGACGGUAGCCAGGGCAGGCGUGCAAUGACAGGCCAAGUUGGUAUGUUUGUCAGAGGAAGACAUUGCAACUCUCGAAAGUAGGAAGGAGUAACAAUUCAGCGGCUUGGGAAGACUGAGAAAAAGAGGAAAAGAGAUGGCGGGCGCUCGGACUUGAAAUGGCGGUGCUGCGGCUUGUUCGAGCUACCCUGCAUCGCAUCUUAUCUACUGACGAUGUGAGCUGGUUGAAAACU